AUGAUUGCUUCAUUUUACAAUGAUGGACUAGAUUUAGUAGUAUUGAUGCUGUGUUAGUACACUCUGCCUGUUGAAAAGGAGAGACCCAUCAUUCAAGGCAAUUCCAAAUAGGGCAAACCUAUGUAAUAGGGGAGUGUUGAGGAAGCAAUAUUUGAGCCUUAUUUGUUUCUGUAAUUUUUGUUAAAACAUAUUUUAAAUGUGAAAGUCCUUUAAUUUAAUACAUAUUUCAGAUUAAUGUUACUUGAAAGUGACCAAUAAUAAGAAAGUUCAAACAACAAUAAUCACUAACUAUAUAAAUCUGCAUAUUCAAUAAGGAAUCGACGAAAAAUUUAUGAUGACAAUGAUUUUAGAGAGGUUGUCAAAAACUUUUAUAAUCUGAUCUCUGAAUUGAAUAAAAUUAGGAAAAUCACCAAACCUCACAUGAGAAAAUAACCAAAAUAGACUAAAUAGAGAAAUGCAAUUGCAAAUAAGUAGCCAACAAAGGAACUUCCAACUACAAAAAGAGAUAUCAAUAUUAGACCUGGAUUAUUACAAGCUCAACAAUACUUUAACUCUUGUUUCAGUCAAUAAAUUGUUAGUCAAUUAAUACCCAAUUUCAAUCAACCAAAACAUGCUCCUGUUAUAUAUGAGAAAAACAAGCAACAUCUCCACUUCCAACGCAAUCAGAUUCACAUUCAAAUUGCUUAUAACAUCUACAUCAAGAAGUUCGGUUCCUCCCUUGUCGAAAAUUAGGAUCCCACCUCAGUUGCCAAAAAAGUCAUGAAUACCAACUUUAAUCCUAAAUCCCAAUUCCAGGAGGAGGACAAACAAAGUGAUGCCUCCGAUUAGCAAAACAAACCUAUUGAAGAUGGUAAAUAGAAACCCUUGAAGGACUUAGUUCGAGAAUUUUAGAGUGAUUAAUGAUUUCAAAAAAAUUAUAGGAAGUAAGUAUAUAAAAUAAAAUCCAUC